GAGCCCUCUACAGGGACGUCAUGCAGGAGAACUACGAGGCGGUGACCUCGCUGGGGUUUCCCGUUCCCAAACCUGAACUGAUCGCCCGGUUAGAACGAGGGGAAGAACCCUGGGUACCCGACCGCCAUGCCGGGGAGGAAAGAGAGAUCCUGAGAGGCACCCACACAGGUGAGGACUGUCACAGCAUCCAGCAAAUGAAGGAAAAAGUUCAGAAUUCCAACCAUGAGGUGGCAAGACAGGGAGUGAGAAUGAAGAGGGGAAUCAACAGCAGGAGGUUCCUAGGGAAAUGGAACCGCAAACGACCUUUGUGGGAAGAGCUGAAAGGAAUAUUUCCCAGGGUUUGGAACAGGGAGAAGGAUGGAGAAAUUGGCACAGGCCGGAGAGGCUGCUGGGAAGCCACCCAAGGUAUGUUUGAGUUCACCUCUUACACGUACUAUAGUGCUAUCUUUUUAUCAUGA